AUUUUGCCUAUGGACAAAUAUGCCGUAAUCAUCCCUCCAUUAUAAAUACCUUAGUAGGUUUCUCAAUGAGAGUCACCAACUCAUAUAAAAAAUGUCCCAACAAAUGUCUUAUCUCCCAAUUGAAGUUAUCUUUGAAAUUCUCCUAAGAUUACCUGUCAAAUCCAUCAUCAAAUUCAAGACUGUUUCGAAAUCCUGGCUUUCUUUACUAUCAUCUCCCCAGUUCGUCAAUACUCAUCUCAUUUUUUCAAGAAACAACCACAAAAAUAUCCCCCCAAAACUCCUUUUAUCAACCCCUAACCAAAAUUUAUCUAAAAAAAUAUAUACCCUUUUUCCAGCUCUUUCUAAAACUUUCGUCCGUGUUGAUCUUAAUUAUCUUGUAAAAUCCCCUUGUUGUCUUACGCGCUUUAUCGGUUCUUGUGAUGGGUUGAUCUGUUUAUCAGUAGAAAAUUCACUUAUUUUAUGGAACCCCUCUACUAGAAAAUGGAAAAAACUUCCAAAAGAACCUGUUUUUAUGAAUCAAGAUUAUUGUUGUACGUAUGGUUUUGGUUAUGAUGAGUUCAAUGAUGAUUAUAAAUUGGUUUUAGUCUAUAGUUCUAAAAUCAAGAAUAUUGGUAAUAAUGAGUUUAAGGUUUAUAGUUUAAAGACUAAUUCUUGGAAAAGAAUUAAAGCGUUUGUUAAUGGUUAUGUUUAUAGCAAUUCUGGCGUUCUUUUGAAUGGUAUUAUUCAUUGGGAUUCGCGCCCACAUUGCGAUUUCAACGUCGAUAACUCGAAAAUUGUCUACUUUGAUUUGGUAAAUGAAAAACAGGGGAAGCUAGAUUUACCUAGCUAUGAUGAAAAUGAGUAUGUUCAUUGGGAUUUAAUGUCUUCUAAAGAAUCUUUAUUUGGAUUUUGUCAUUGUGAAUGUCAAGGCGCGGUGGAUAUAUGGAUAAUGAAGGAGUAUGGCGUUAAAGAAUCUUGGAAUAAAUUUGCGUCAGUUCCUUAUUAUGUAGUUCCAGGGAUUUUUUAUUCGCCCCUGUUUAUGAAUGAGGAUGGUGAAGUAUUAUUGAGAGACGGGGAACGAUUGGUGCUAUUUAAUAUAAGAAAGAAUAUUUACAAGGAUCUUCAGAUUCAUAUACUUGAUAAUACUCGUCGUAGAAUUGAUAUGGUUACGUAUAACGAAAGUCUAGUUUCACCUGUGUUUUGAUGAUGAAGAUGGAUGUAAGAGCUUUUGCAAGUUCUCCUCGUGUUUUAUUGAGCCGUCGUUGCUAUUACGUUCUACAGGGAUUUGGCAUCGUCUUCAUACGUCUCCUAAUGCAACGUUUUAGAUUGACUUAUCAAAAAAUGUACUUUUGUUGUGUAUGUUUGUACUCUGAUAUAUGAAUUAUCAAUUUCAAAUGCAAAAAUAUUUUGUGUCUUUGGACAUGUUUCAGUUCUGCUAUGCUGAGAAAUUCUUA